AUGCUUUCCAAAACUGCCCAAAUCCGUCUGGUGAGUUCACAUCCUGAAGUAUAUGACCCAUGUGAUGAUUCAUUUGCAUUGGUUGAUGCACUUCUAGCUGAUAGAUCAAACUUAUUAGAGCACCGUCCUUCAAUUUGCAUGGAAGUUGGUUGCGGGAGUGGAUACGUUAUUACUUCUCUAGCUCUUAUUCUUGGGAAAGAUAGUUCUGGUUGCUACUUCAUUGCAACGGAUAUUAACCCUCAUGCAGUUGGAGUGACUCGUAAAACAAUGGAAGCACAUGGAUGUCAUGCUGAUUUGUUAACAACUGACAUUGCAUCAGGGUUAGAGAAGCGUUUGGCUGGAUCAGUAGAUGUGAUGGUUGUGAAUCCGCCAUACGUGCCAACACCAGAAUACGAAGUUGGUCAGUUUGGUAUUGCAUCUGCCUGGGCUGGAGGUGAGAAUGGACGGAGUGUUAUUGAUAAGAUAUUGCCUGUUGCUGAUAAGCUUUUGUCAGAUAAAGGUUGGUUGUACUUGGUUACACUCACUGCUAAUAACCCCUCUGAAAUUUGUCUUCAAAUGAUGAAGAAGGGUUAUGCUUCUCGAAUUGUUCUACAUAGAUCAACAGAAGAGGAGAGCCUCCACAUUAUCAAGUUAUGGAGAGAUUUGGAUACUCAGUUGGAGGUCUGUUAA